AUGGAGGUCACCAUGGAACCCCUCGAGCAAACGUUGACUUCUGACGUCGUUUUAUCAUGGAUUUUCCUGGGAAUUCAAGUUUUUCUCUGCCUCCUCGCUGCCUACCUCUAUGUCUUUCAAGAGAUCAUGGGCACCUUCUUGGCAACGAUAAUAAAAGCCCGCUUGAUAGCCCGGCAUCAAACUCCCGAAUUGCGCGAAAAAGGCAAGGAGCUGGCCAGAUUAAAGAAAGAAUUUUCUGAAAUCUCGCCAACCGGCGACUACGCAAAGUUCAUCAGGAAGGAGCGCGAGGUGAACAAGGCUGAAGAGGAAUACACGGCUGAGAAAACUCGUGUCGAAGGAAAGAUGCCCGACAAAAUGAAGAUCGAUAUGAUGUCGAAAGCCAUCGUGAAUAUCGCGGCUUUCAUUUUAAUGUGGCUGACCGCGUCGCUGACCUUCGCCUGCCUACCGUCAGAAAUCUUCUUCCCAGUUUCGUACAUUUUCGCCUUCCCCCGGAUACCAUUCACUGCGGCGUCUGGGAAUUGUGGCGAAGGUAUCUUGGCCGAAUAUGCUGGCGGCAGAUAUCCGUUCCACCACUGCACCCUCAGUCACGUGUGCAAGGCGCAAGUGCAACGGCUCGCCGAAAAUGGAAUCAUGUACAAAUUCUACCGUUUCACCCCCGAAGAGGAUGGGCGUGUCUACAAAAAUUGGGCGCGAGUCGCCCGGAAAUGGGAUCUGGAUUACAGCAGGCCACUAGAUUACGUCGGAGGCCGGCAGAAGAAUGAGGGGGGUCGAAGUCGGAACCGCGCGGUCACGUUCGGCACGGACUUCUGGCCAACAAUGUGCCGAGGUCUGAUUUGCCGGAGCGCACGUCAAGUCUUCUAUCGAAUGCAGCAAUUGUUCGACGAGAACGGAUGGGACUGUGAAAAGGGGCGGCUCCGCGAGGCGUUUAGUGAGUCCAACUUCACCUACGAAGAUGAUCUACGGUUCUUGGAGCUCUUGGAUGCGGGUGGACGCAACUGGGCCGAAAUGUCGCGUCAGCUAAAGCGACCGCAAAUCGUCCUGUGGAACCGAUGGAAUUCACUCCGUGGCAAUCGAAGCCGCUUCACGAAAUUUCAGUGGGGGAAGCUGACGCAACGGGCAAUCGAUGAUAUCAAUAUUGCGAAUGAAUGGUACGACUGCUCGUUCAGGAAGAAGCUCAAAAAGAUUUUUAUAGGCCGCAAGUACAAUCCGGAUUGGGCACGGCUAGCCGUCCAAGUCCAGCGACCCGAAUAUGUCGUCCGCAAGGCAUGGCAAUGGUUGUGCGAAGAUCUUCAACAGCGUGUCGCCGGUGGCCAAGACAUAGAAACAGCAUACCGUGAGGCCACGGCCGCUCAGAAGCUGCCCCUGGCCGUCCGCAAGAGGAUGGGCAUGACCCUGAUGGAUUUGGCGCAAUACAUUUCGAUCGCCAUGCAGAUGCUCCCCGAUAAAUGUCGAUACAUGCCGGCGUUUGGCCGCAGCCGUGACGGGCCAACGAUUGCGGGAUUUGAUCGAAGACGGCUCGCAGCGGGGCUGCCCGAGGUGGAGCUUCGCAGUCGAUGCUCUGUGCGCCCUUUUAUCCAUCGAGUCUAUAAAACGAUCCGCCACUACUAUCUUAGAGCUGUUCAAUAUCUCUGGAGGCACGUUACGGUCGCCUACUUGGCAAAAGAUGUGAUGAAGACGAUGAUCCGAGCCUGUAUCGUCUCUGGCCACGAGAAACGGCUGGCCAUGACGACGCUAGUUACGGAGGGGGUCAAAUACAUCAUCAAGAAGGUCGAUCCCAGCUGGAUGCCGCCGAAACGACUCCGGAAACGUGUGACCGAUCCCGAGGUGCGCGCCCUUUUCAGUGACGGUCGGAAGCAUCUAAGCAAAAAGGAACACAUGAAGCAGGUUGCCCGACUACUCGACCAGUCUGAUUGCAGCGAUGUGGAGGAGGAGUGGUGCCAGGGAAAAUUGCCGGACGAAUAUCGGGAAUUGAUCGCUGACGGCUUGGACUAUGCUGAGGCCAAAGCUGAAUCUUCUCCAGCUCCCAAGAAGAGAAAAACCGAGGCAUCAUCAGAUUGCGAU